UUAAACAAUCAGCUGCCAAUUUUCCUCGUGAUGGGAGCAAACGACCAUUACACUAAAAUCCUGCUUUCUAAAAGCGAGUUGGCGCAUGUCUAUCGGCAGGUCUUCUACGCCUCACAGGAGAAGUUCAAAAAGCUUCUCCCAGGUUGUGCUCCCCAUGACGAGUUUCUGAUGCAGGUGCAAAAUAUGAUGAGUGCUAAUCUUGAGACCACUUUUGAAAAGGCCAAAUACGCCUUGAUAGUAGACGGCGAGGACUUGGCCGACAACGAUGUUCAUCUUAACAAGCUUCUCACCAUCGAAGAAAGAGAAGAGGUGGUGCCUUUUGACACCGAGUUGAACCAGCAACUACGAGAUUUGAUCAAGCAAGUCGAAAACGAGACCACCGAAGUCACUCAGCUUCGGCGUGAAUUACCUCAAGAGGCGCGGGCCGCCUAUGAGAAGUUGGUCUUGUCCAUCGACCAGCAGGUGACAGACUUCAUCAAGGAAAUCACAGAGAAUGCGGAAACUGAUGAGAACUUCGGGUCCCUGGACAGCGGCAUGAAAGAACUCAUGUCGGCUAUGGAAAGCAGCCAGGUGCCUAUCCAAAACUCAGAUACUAUCCGGGCACGAAUCCUGGAGAGCCUACAAAAUCUCUAUUCUUUAAAGAAAGAACUUCCUCAGCUCCGGAGCGAGCUCCAGAGCUGUGAUGACACCACGGCGUUUAUGAUGAAUGUGUAUGAAAAAUUAAAGGUUGAACGCAGACUAUUCGAAUGAUGAGGUGGUGUAGUGGAAACAUGCUCGGGAUCCACUCUUGACAAGCAGAUCAUAUGGUAAUUCACACCAUCACUAGGCCUUCGGCGAUACAUCACAAUUUGGGGAUUUGAUUCGUGCUGCUAGUUUCUGAAAUAUUGUUUUAUAGCUUGGCUUUUGGGGUUUAUACGCAAGUCUGUGCCUUUGGACGACUUGCUAAUAGAAGCACGCAAUGAAAAUGUGUCCGACAGUUUAAGAUUAAAGUGGAGCUGCUCAAAACAAAGGUCAUUAAGGCCCUAGGCAGUCUUAUUCAG